GGCACCCACACGCAAAUGGAAAGGCAAACGGAUAUUUAGCUUAUUAUCUGUGGUGCCAUAAACAGGACAAGCCGUGUGUAACACACUUCGAUCUACUUGGCAUACAAAUUUUCUUUUUCCUUUAAGUAGAAUCAAACUCUGAAAUAAUCCAUGAGGUGGUUCUGUUGAUUUUCUUUGUACAAGUUUAGAAGAAAUUUAAUAAUUUCUAUCGCACACUACAUUAAUGUUCUUUCCUGCUGAGUUCUACAUAGAAAAGCUUUCCAUUGUGAAGGGUAGUAACAUCUGAAGACCAUGCCCUUGAGCUUAUUUGAGUGGUCAACAGUACUAUUAUUUUUGAGUACACAGUUGACCCUAUGUUGCAGCCAGAGAUGUGGGGGUACAAUAGAAGCCGGAGCCGGCGUGAUACGGUCACCAAAUUAUCCAGAAGGAUACCCACCGGCUUCUGAAUGUUCUUGGGUCAUUCACUCGGCAGCUGAGACGAUGAUCAGAAUAAAAUUCCAGGUUCGAGACUGCAGUGGAGAUUCUCUUUGGAUAUACGAUGGUAAUGGGACAUCGGGGAUACCACUGUUUGGUCAAUACUGUUCUACAAUUCCACCAACAUCGAUUAACUCUAGUGGACAAUUGGUCACUAUCAAGUUUGUAUCUGUGGAAGGAGCGGGAAACAAUCAAGGAUUCGUCAUAUCCUAUGAAUCAAUUGAUAUAGCUCUAGGUUCACGAGUCAUUUGGAGUGAAGUAAGACCUUCGACGGGUGAAGUGCGAUUAAACAGUGUUCCUGCAGAUCCAAGAGAGAUGUUGAAUGCCGAUCAGACAGUAAUGGAAUCCGUCACAACCACCUUCUACUUCCAAGCUGCAAGUGGUAACUGGACCGCUCUAGCAACGCGAUAUGGUCAGCAUGAACUCAUCUGGAGUGGUGGUCUAAGGAAAUCCAUGAUCAAGGGCUCUAUGGGUAGCAACCGAACAGCAAAGAUCUACUACGCUUUUACAUCAUCUAGCGUAACAGGAGUCGCAGUUGAUUGGCUGACAGGCAAUGUGUAUUGGACUGACGCAGCGUAUGAUUGGAUAAUAAUGAGUAACGAAAAUGGAACGCGUAACGCAUUGAUAAUUGAUAAAGAUCUUGAUAUUCCUACGGGCAUUGCCAUUCAUCCAUCAAGAGGAUAUCUAUUUUGGACUGACUCGGGAUCUAGACCAAAAGUAGAAAGGAGUAAUCUAGCAGGAGAAGGUCGUCUUGAGAUGGUUUUUACAAACAUUGUAAGGCCUUCUGGAAUAACAAUCGAUUACAAAGAUGACUUGGUAUUUUGGGUUGAUUCUGACCCAUCUUCCAACCGCAUUGAAUCCUGUAGCAUUGAAGGGGCAAAUCGAAGGACAUUGAUGCACACUGCAAAUGAUAUAGGACUCUUUGAUUUGACCAUCUCAGGGAACUUCAUUUACACUACAGCAAAGGUCAUCAAGAAAAUGAUAGUACUUAUGAAAGCUAGUGGUGAAGAACUCCUGAAUCUAAAUCUAGAUUAUGAUCCAUACAGUGUUGUAACAUACGCUCCGGAUGAACAGCCUCAAGAAUAUUCGCCAUGUAGUAGCAACCCGUGUAGCUUCCUAUGUGUUGGAGGAGGACCUAAUGAUUACACCUGUCUCUGUGGAAAUGGUUUCCUAUUAAAUGAAGAUGGUCGUACUUGUAUUAAGGAGGGUACUAUAGAUCCACCGCAGUACUUUGUGGCCUCUCGUUCGAAGCUUUGUCGCUAUCCAAUCAACUUUCCAGACAUCGUUUUACCCAUGAUCACAAACUUCAAUGUAUCCUGUUUCUUAGGAGGACGGGUUCAUGCUGUUGCUAUCACAGCUGAUAUAGAUGAAGGGGUUGUAUUUUUCAGCGAUUUAGGAAUGAAAGCGAUUGGGAUGGCUACUCUCAGAGAUGGAGCACCUGUAAAGAUUAUCACGGGCGGGGUGCGGUCUGUUCAAGGUUUAGCCGUAGACUGGUUGACCAAGCAUCUAUAUUGGACAGACCAUGCAAGAGGUACCAUCGAAGUGUCAAAGUACGACGGGUCAUACCGGACCACUCUUAUCAAGGACAAUGUCAUAAAACCAAGGAGCAUUGCAAUAGAUCCAGAAAGAAAGUACAUGUUUUGGAGUGAAUUUGGUCCCCCUACUCAGAUCGAACGUGCUUCAUUGGAUGGUACUGAACGAGUUGUCAUCAUGUCUGCGCCAUAUGGUGUACCAUUCUUUAUACCUACAGGAUUAGCUGUUGACACUAAAGAAGAAAGGCUGUACUACACUGAUCUGUCAACUCGAACAAUAAAUAAGGCGGAUUAUUUCGGCAACAAUAAGAGACAGCUCCUGAGGAAAAAUGGGGCCAUUUUUUUCGACGUCGCACUUUACAAGGACUAUAUCUUAUGGACAGAGCUAGGAAGAAACAAUGGUAUCUACGCAGCGAACCGACACAGUGGUCAAAUCAACUUAGAAUAUCACAAUCGAGGAGAGCAAGUGUAUGGCAUUACAUCUUAUGCAGAUACUCGUCAGAAGGUUAUGCAUCAUCCCUGUCGUUUCCAGAACGGUGGAUGUGACCAACUGUGUCUCAGUUCAACCUCUAGUCACAUAGGAUUCGUGUGUAAUUGUACUCUGGGAUUCUACUUAGCUGAUGAUGGCAAAGCGUGUGUGUCAGACCUUGUUCAGGACGACUUCUUUUUGGUGACGGACACCUACCGACGAUCGAUCUUUCAGGUUAGUAUGGACAUGAUAGAGUCUAACCUGGAACCUAAGGCACUCUACUUACCAAGUAUUCGGAAUCCAAUAGCAGUGAGCUUCGAUCCAAUUGAUAGAAAAGUUUACUGGAGUGAUGUUGCAUCUAAGACACUAAGCCGUGCCUCGUUGGAUGGUAACAACUACCAAGUCAUUGCUAGAGAUGCUAUUGAUCAUCCUGAUGGGAUUGCCGUGGACUCGAUCUCUAGGCUUUUAUACUGGACGGAUUUUGGAACCCAUGACUUGUCUGUAUCUCACCUCGAUGGUUCAUAUCGGAAGACACUAAUUCGUGGUUUAGAUAAACCAAGAUCCAUUGUGCUGCAUCCAGUUAGAGGGACGAUGUUUUGGACAGAUUGGGGAGACAAUCCUGUUAUUGAACGAGCCUUCAUGGAUGGAACUGAUCGUUCAACAAUUAUAUCUGGAUCACUAGGCUGGCCAAAUGGACUCACCAUAGACUACAUUGGAAAUCGGCUUUACUGGUGUGAUGCUCGUCUUGAAAGAUUUGAAACAGCUGAUUUUUACGGUAAUGGACGGCGCAUUCUGUAUACGUUUGGAAGAGAUGUCCAUGCUUAUGAAGUUGCUGUAUUUGGUCAGUUUCUUUACUGGACAGACUGGACAUUGCAAAGUGUACUCAAGAUGGAUAAAGACACUGGUAGUGGUAUCACGACAGUAGGUCCCAACGAGUACCUCCGACCAAAUGGAAUAUACAUGGUAUCCGCCAAUACAAUGCCAUUAGGAAGCAACAUUUGUUCCAUUGAAAACGGAGGUUGCUCAGGACUCUGCCUUCCUACUGGAUUUGAUCGAAACUGCACAUGCGCAGAUGGAUUUGAAUUUGAUGAAGACGGAACAACUUGUACUCCUGAUCAAGCAACUGUAUGUCCAAGUGUCUUUCACAAUGGCUAUGUUGAUGAAUCUUGCGACCCUAGGCCAGGACAAAUUUGUGAUGUACAAUGCCACCGAGGGUUUUCUCCUAGAACUGAUGCUAUCGUAUGCCAGGUGUCUGGAACAUGGGAUCUUGAUGUCAACACAAUUUGCAAUCUUGUAGAGUGUGAAGAUCUGGAUACGCCACCUAAUGCCAUCAUUGGACCAUGCAAUCCUCCCUUCACACUAGGCAAGAUGUGUACACUAUCUUGUAGGGAAGGAUAUAUGAAGAUUGCAGGAAAUGAUAAAAUGAUGUGUGGCGAAAAUGGAGAAUGGAUCGGAACUCCAAUACGCUGCCAACAGCACGGUGUUCCUUUACCAAAUGGUCAUUGCAAACCCAAUCUAGCAUUCAGGGAAGUACCUGAGGAUAUGAGUCGAUCUGAAAGGGAUUUAGUGGAGAUAAGGUGCCCAUUCAAUGAUCACGAUGCUUCCCUUAGAUGGUACAAAGAUGGACAAAGAUUACAUUCAGGUUAUGAUAAUGGCUUUUUAAUACAAGACGAAUUCAACCAAUUAACAAUUAUAAACUUUAGAGAAAUACACGGAGGACAUUUCAAAUGCGCUGUAUUUUCGGGAGAAACGGAAUGUUUAAGUUCAACGUUUACUAUAACUUUCAACCCUCAUCGUCACUUCAGUGUUUUCCCUAUUGAUGCGUAUAAAAACAUCAAUGAUGAACACAUAUUUCACUGCUCUCCAAGAGAAAAUACGUCUAGUGUAGUGUGGGAAAAAGAUGGUCAACUAUUGCAACAAGGAAACUUCUAUAUCCAACAAGGGAACCUGAAUUUGAUCAAUAUAGAUGAAGGAGAUAGAGGGAAGUAUACUUGCGUUGUUCGUGAUGAGCGUGGACGGACUCAGGGUCGCGUAGAUGCCUGGCUUCAUUUGAUUAAUCCACCUGAAAUUGACAUUUCUCAAGUUUGUGGCAAGAUUACCUUCUGGCAGGAAGCACAGACUACUCCGUCUCCACGAGUAAAUGUUCGCACCGAACCAAUGGACACAAUGAACGAAGAGAGCCUCGGUUGGAGCAGUGACACCGUCCAAAUAAACCAAGCCCGUGUGGUAGGGGGGACAGAAUCAAAGUAUGGUUCGGCACCCUACAUGGUACGAAUCGAGAAAAAAACUUUUAAUAAUGGGUUGGAGCCAGAGUGGACUUCCAUCUGUGGUGGUACUAUCCUUGACCAGAGGUGGGUAUUAACUGCCGCGCACUGCAUGUUCGAUAAGCAUGGAAACAUAGUUCGGAAGGAAGACUUGAGGAUAAUUUUCGGAGACUAUGACACAGAACUACCAGACAAGUUUCAACAGACCCACUAUCCAGCUGAAAUUAUUAGGCACGAGGAUUAUGACCACACGAAAAAUGAUGACAACCUGAGAAAUCAUGACAAUGAUAUCGCUUUGAUGCGUAUAGAUCCACCACUAUGGAGCUUCAAUUCGUACAUUCGCCCAAUUUGCCUUGCACCUGGUGCUCUGGCCAAUCGUCUCUUGGCCAUGUUGGAAGAGUCUGUUAAUAGACUCGGACGCGUUAACGGAUGGGGUCAAAUAGCGGAGAAGGCCGGUAGCAGUCGGUUUAUGAAAGAGGUAGAAUUACCAUUUGUUGAUCGACAAGAUUGUCGACGAAGUCUAGUCAAACAAGAUGGAUCAGAGGAAGGAAUAUUUACAGAUAACAUGUUUUGUGCGGGUUAUUACUUAACUCUACGAGACUCCUGUCACGGCGACAGUGGAGGUCCGUUUGCCUUUCGUCAUGAUGAUGGUCGGUGGUAUCAGUUAGGGAUUGUGAGCUGGGGUAUCGGAUGUGCUAGAGAGGGAGAAUACGGAUUCUAUACACAAAUUUCGAGAUAUCUCCACUGGCUUCGUUCUAAAAAUGUGACAGUUGCAUAUUCUAAAAACGUCGAGCAACAGUUCAACGAGAGUAUUCGUGGAGCAGCAGAACUUGCCUUUACAGUGAAAUCACCCAGCAACUUGAACGUAGAAGCAGGUACCGAGGUCAACCUGGAGUGUACACCUAACAGAGAAGAUGCAUCACUCCAGUGGUUCGUCGGAGACUUUCCAGCGAAUCAGCUUGCAGAAGGGGUGCGUAUCCUGCCUUCUGGGCUGGUCUUUCACUUUGAUGCAAUCGAGGAGAUCUAUGCUGGAAAUUACUCGUGUGUGGCUCAAGUCAACGAUGAUGAUGGAGAGCAAAUCAUCCGUGCAGACUUCCAAAUAGAUGUUACUGAAGGAUGAUCAUGAUGACACAACCUGCUUUACGUCGGUGUACUGGUCUGCGGAAGAAGAUAUUCGUCAUAAUUUUUUUAAUCAUGAAAAUCCAUUAUAAGUCAAGAAGCCAUUAUCGUCAUAUGCAACUAUUAUCUUAUCUAUUGUUGCAAUAGCUAGACUUUUGCCUGAAUUGAACAUGUAUAAAGAAUUUCAAGUAUCAGACUUUCUUUUCGUAAAAAGGCGGUAAAUAUUAUGAAAUUAUACACAUAUUGCGCGUCCAACUGUGAGUAAAUAUAAUGCUCUUCAUGACCAUAAUGCCAUUUGUACACCAUGAAAAACUACUUCAUUCACACGUUCGUUCUCUAAUAUUUAAUAAAUCAGUGUUUCUAACUUUGAAAGUGUUUUAGUUAAUAAUAAUUCAAGCGAAUUUCCUCCAUUAGAUUUGUCCAUGAAUUGUCCACAAAUAUGAAAUAUGUCCAUCAUAGUUCCUUUCAAAUAAAAUUUAAUGAAAUUGAAUAAAAUAAUGACUUGCAUAUCAAAUAAAAGCAUAUUUUUUCGUUCAAUAGUUAUAUGGAUAAUUACAUAAUUUGCUAAAAUGCAAAUGAACAAGAAUGCAUGAACAAAUUAACAUCAUUCAGAUAUAUUGAAUUGGUUUGAUUGAUUGAUAAACGAAUUUAUUCAUUCCAAAAUUUCAAAAAGUAAAGCAAAAUAUAAUCUAACAUUAUGAAAUGAAAUAUAAACCUUCUGAAAAGCAAGCUUGUCGUUGAAUACAAAUCAUAUCUUUCUUAUUGACGUUCAAAAUAUAUAUAAUACACAAGUCAAUGUAUCUUUCUUGUAGAAAUUAUAUGUAAAUCCUUGUGAAAUAUAUAUAUAUUUUUUUACAUAUUCCCAAGUAAAAGACAAACAAGGCUGGAUUAUAUUACAAGAUAUGAAGAAAAAUUGAAAAGGACAUACAAAACAAAACGUUACAAAAACAGGACGUGACAGAACGGUACAAGAACAAGGCAUGACAAAAAUUUAUACAAAAACAAGACAUAAGAAAUAGUAUACGAACAGAAAAAUAAUAAAAAAGACAACAACAAAACAAAGGACAAAAGACGAGUAAAAGAAAACAGACAAAAAACAAAUCUGCACAGAUAGAGCGAAUGAAAAGAGACGGGAAAAUAAAUGAAAUAAGGACGGGGGGGGGGGAGGGGGGUCCGGAAGAACAGAAGAUCCACAAGAUAUCCUAAGUAGGAUGAAUGAUUUGAGUGUUAUAGUUAUUGGUUAGAUUUUUGUAAAGUGCUCUAUUGAAGCUAUGAAUAGUUGGCUUAUUUCGUAAAGUUUGCGGAAGUAAAUUCAAAAGUCUGAUGCCAGAAUAUAUGAACAGUUUGUUAAUAAUGUCCUCGUUCUAGGUAAAAAAAAGUCCAACAGAUCUUGUUUGUAGGGUAGUGAUGAACGUUGAUAUUUCCUGUAAACAUAGAAUAAAAUACGUCUGGUACAUGUAGUUCAUCUCUACUAAGGUUGUACAUAAGAUAUCCAAGAUUAUAAUGGUAAGGAUCAUUGAUCUUAAGAAUACCAUGAGUUUUAAAAAGAACAUUGGUAUGUGCCCGAUAAUGAGAAUGGCAAAUAACGCGCAAAGCUUUCUUCUGAAGUAGUAAAAGUCUAUUCAAAUGAAAAUCCGCACAAAUCCCCCAUGCAAUAAUACAAAAGUUCAAAUGCAGGAGUAUCAGCGUAGGGUAGAAGUUUAAUAAUAUACGAGUCGGGAAGUAGAAUUCAACUUUAUUGAUAAUUCCAACAUUCCGUGGAAUUAUUUUGCAUGUGUUAUCUAUAUGUUCUUUCCACGACAGUCUGUCGUCGAUAGUUACUCCUAGAAAUUUCGUAUUUAAUACUCUUUGAAUAUAAAUAUUAUCAAAAGUAAUGUUACCUGGGAGUUCAUCAAUGAUAUUGCUGAAGAGCAUGUAAUUUGAUGGCUUUGAUCCACACCGAGACUAGUUUUAAUUCUUUAUUGAAUGUAUCAAGUAAAUGUUUGGGGUCCUUAUGGGAAAAAAAUAUAUUUGAGUCGUCGGCAAAAAGAAUGAAUGAUAAAGAACUUGAAGAUUUAUAAAAAAUUAUUAACGUAGACCAAAAAAGAAGCGGACCCAAGAUUGAACCUUGAGGGACUCCACAUGAGACAGAUUUGGGAGGGGAAUUUACAUUUCCUAUGGAAACAUACUGCUGCCUACUGCUGAGGUAGUUCCUGAACCACUCCAAGGCUAUCCCUCUGAUUACAUUUUUUUUUAAAUAUAGGGCUCACUCGGGCUUUCUUAAUGAUGGAAGGUACAACUCCUGUAGAAAGACACAAAUUAAAGAUAUAAGUCAAAGGUUUAAUAAUGUGUAUCAGAUUUCUUUUCAGGAGAAUGUUACUUAUAUCGUCACAUCCUGAACUCAUUUUAUUCUUCAGUCCAAAAAUUAUAUCUGCUUGUUCUUUUACGUCUGUUGGUGUGAAAUAUACCGAAUUUGGAUUAGGGUCAUUAAGAAAAGAUGUGAAGUGUUUAGAAGAGGCAGGGAUGGUGCUGGCAAGAUUUUGGCCUACAGAUGCAAAAUAGUCAUUAGAAACAUUUGCCAAGGCAAGGGGAUCCUUUUCCAAUUCACCAUCAACAUUUAUUUUCGCGGGCGUAGACAUUUUGAAGUUACCUUGUAUAAGGUUUUUUAUAACUUUCCAUGUAUUUCAACAUCGUUCUUAUAGGGGUUAAAUUGAUUAUGAAAAUAAUUGUUUUUUACAUCUUCUUAGUAUACCUAUCAAAAUAUUUUUGUAGUCAGUGUACUUUUUUCUAUUUCUGUCGCAAGGUUUUGAAAUAGUUUUUUAAGUAAAGGUUGUUCUUUCUGUUUAUUGAGAGCAAAAUGCUAGGUGUGAUCCAUGGGGACCUUGGAACCUUUUUGCAAUGAGAGCGUUUGAAUCGCGCUACAGGAGAAGAGCUAUUUAUUAAUGGAUUCAUUUUAUUCAUAACAGCGUCAAAUGGACUUCUUCAAGUACUUCGACAGCAUUAAUCAUGAUAUUUUACUUAACCAAUUACAUCAUUAUGGAGUGCGUGGGAAGUCCUUGGAGUGGUUCAGGAGCUAUCUCUGAAUAUGAAGCAAUAUGUCUUUUUAAACGGGUGAAAUUUUCAAAUGAAAAAAAAUGAAUAAUUGUGGAGUUCCACAGGGUAGUCUUCUCGGCCCGAUUAUGUUUAUAGUUUAUAUUAAUGAUUUUUGUAGAUCAUUAGAUGUUCUUUCUUUCAUUCUCUUUGCAGACGACUCUAACUUAUUUUUUUCACAUAAAAAUCCUCUUCACCUUGCUAUUAUAUUCAACUCUGAACUAGAAAAUGUCACCCAAUGGAUAAGAGCAAAUACAUUGUCAAUAAAUCUUCAAAAAACAAAAUAUAAUAAUAAUGAUAGCGGCAUAUUUACCCAGGGUAGCCACUUCAGUUCCGAAAACUGUUUUCCCAGCGGGUCCUGCUAUUGUCUAGUUACUCUAUAAAUACACUUCAUGUUGAUAUUUCUUGGAUGGAACUCCCUUGGAAAAUGUAUCCCAUAUUAAGUUUCUUGGAAUGGCAUUCGAUAAUACGCUCUCA